AUGGGCUUCGGGAUGACAGGGUCGUCGCCUCAGCUUGGUGCCAGCAGCAUCAGAAGCAACAGCACAAGCAACAGCACUCUCCGCAACAGAGAAGCUGCAGUUAAAACACCGUCACACUCUCAAGCUUCGGUGUGUGUAGUGAACCCCCAGGAGGACUGGCUCGCACAGUCGGUAAAUCAUACUCUACCGACCACCAACCUGCUCCUGGUCUGCCCUCGGGUUGCCGAUGUUCUUGUUCGAACAGAUCCGCCGGUGGCUUUCUCGCAGCAGCUGCGUAACUACCUUGGAUUCCACCUUCGACAGAGGUUUGAUUCUGGUUCUGUUUUUCUGGAGUGGAUUUUCUUCCUCAAGGACCACGACAUGCUCUUCGGACAUUCACAGGCAUCUCUCAGGAAAUUCCUGGCCACGGCUCCCGAACAGGUCAGUGUCCUAUCGUUUGGACAUGGCAGGAGAGAUGACGCUCUGGGUCUCUUCGCAGUUCGAAUCGACGAAUGGAGCCUUGGUCUGCUUGAUGCUACCGCGCAGAUACUCGAUGAACGGCCCCGCGCAUUGACCGAAGCUGAGGCACUGACGAUCGCUCUGGCUUUGGUGUCAACGUCUUCUUCUUCAAAGCAAGAACCACGCAAGGUGGCCUAUGUCCCGCAAUGGUGGCUCGACGUCAGAAGUAGUUGCAUCGAAGACGCUACAUGGGAGUCACAAUUUGGGAUCGACCAUGUCGUCACACCGGACAAGCUGUGCAGCGCCUCAGAUCAUUGUCAGGAGGCGGUGCCAGAUCGCGGCAAAGCUAUGGUGGACUCGAACUCACAACAUCCUCUUGUUGCUCGGGGCUCGUCAUCACCCAUUGAGUCCUCCAUUGAAGAUUUCUGGGAGUGUGUAAAAAGGUUGGACGACGUCGUGGAUCGAGCGGCUCCGGUGUUACAGCUUGCAGACGCUGUUGCUUUUGAGCAGAAGGCAGCUGGGACAUGUAGAGACUGA